GGGUAAUUCUGUCACACAUGAACUGGCUUCCUCAACUGGGACCAAGACUCUUUACAACAAACAUCUCCUUUGCACCAGAGUUGGGAUUGACAGGACUCUUCUGCCAUUUCGGACCCUUUGCUGGAACCUGCCAGGUGGCCCCACUGCUGAGGAGAUUGUAGAUUUCCCAUUCUCCAUGGACUUUCAGCGAGUAUCUCAGCCCAGCAGUCUCUUCUUCCUCAUCCACUUUCUCCUCUUCUUCCAGCCUGGGGAGUCAAACUCAGAGGAGGUCAAGGUGAUUGGCCCUGGGGAAUCCAUCCUGGCAAACGUCGGGGAAGAGGUGGAGUUCCUGUGCCACUUGUUCCCAUACCAAGACGCAGAGCACAUGGAGAUUCGAUGGUUCCGGAGCCAGGUCUCUGACGUGGUGUACCUGUACCAGGAGCGGCAGGAGGUCCACGAGCGGCAGAUGGCGCAGUUCCAGAACAGGACCAAAUUCAUCAAGGACGAGAUCGCGAAUGGCACUGUGAUCCUGCAACUCCAUCGCGUGGUCCCCGCAGACCAGGGACGUUAUGGGUGCCGCUUCCUCUCCAAGGACUUCUCUGGGGAAGCUGUCUGGGAGCUGGAGGUAACAGCAAUGGGGUCAGACCCUCACAUCUCCCUUGAAGGCUUCAAAAAAGGGGGCAUUCAGCUCAGGUGCAUCUCCAGUGGCUGGUACCCCAAGCCCCAGGCUCAGUGGAGAGACCAUCGGGGACGAUGCCUGCCUCCAGAGUUUGAAGCCAUCAUCCAGGAUGCCCAGGGCCUGUUCAGUCUGGAAACAUCUGUGGUCGUCCAAGGAGGGGCCCACAGCAACGUGUCCUGCUCCAUCCAGAACCCCCUUCUGUUCCAAAAGAAAGAGUUUGUGGUCCAAAUAGCAGACGUAUUUUUACCCGGACCAUCCCCGUGGAAGACAGCUUUCCUCGCGACUUUGCUGGGUGGCCUGCCGCUCCUCCUGGCCCUCCUCACGACGCUGACACUGUACUUCUUUCACAAGCAACGCCUGUCUCAAGAAAAGCUGAAGGAGCAGGCGGAAAAGGACAAAGGGAAACUCACAGCUGAGCUGGGGAAGCUGCAGUCGGAGCUUGACUGGAGAAGGACUGAAGGCCAGGCUGAAUGGAGAGCAGCCCAAAAAUAUGCAGUGGAUGUGACUCUGGAUUCCGCCUCGGCACACCCCAGUCUGGAGGUCUCCCAGCAUGGCAAGAGAGUGUCCUCCCGUGAGGCUCCAGUGGUACUGGGAGACCUACAGGGGUUCCCUGAGCAGACGUGUGUGCUGAGCAAUGAGCGCUUCCGUGCUGGCCGCCACUACUGGGAGGUCGACGUGGGCCGGCGCAGCCGCUGGUUCCUGGGCGCCUGUCUGGAGGGGGUGGCACGUGCAGGGCCAGUGCGCCUGAGCCCGGCUACUGGCUACUGGGUGAUGGGGCUGUGGAAUGGCUGCGAGUACUUUGUCCUGGAGCCACAGCGUGUGGCACUCUCCCUGCGUGUGCCACCCAGGCGCGUGGGCAUCUUCCUGGACUACGAAGCAGGAAAGCUGGCCUUUUUCAAUGUGUCAGACGGCACCCACAUCUUUACCUUCACCGACACUUUCACGGGACCGCUCUGUGCAUACUUCAGGCCCAGAGCCCCUGAUGGUAGUGAACACUCGGAUCCUCUCACCAUCUGCCCGUUGCCAGUUCGAGGGACACGCAUCCCUGAAGAAGAUGACGGUGACACCUGGGCACAACCUUAUGAGCCCUCGGACUCCGCAGUGGACCUGUGGUGAGGCACUCUCCUGGCCACAAGGCUAGGUCCUACGCAGCUUCCUUGGGAGUGGAGGAAGCAUCACCAAAAUGCCAGCAAAGGCGACUCAGUACAGCAGAAAAGAAACGGAGAGAGGGACUUGGCGUGUGUAGAUGUGUAUGUGUGUGUUUGUAAUCUUCUUUAAGAAAAAGAGUCAAUUCCAAAGCUGUGUGUAUUAUAGGAUUGAGCAAAUGAGUAAAAAUAUAUUGAUGUUGCCGGGACCCAGGAUGCUCACUGUAAAAGAGGAAAGGGAUCUGGGAAGGGGAAAGAAGGUAUACACGUGAUUGGAUUAGAGGUGUCAGUUAAUUUGCAUAUUUAUAUAUGUUUUUGUAUGUAUUUUUUAGUUCGUAAGAAAUGAAUUCACCUAGAGCUCAAAUUCCAGUUGUAAAUGUCAAUUCCCACUUAAAUGAACUUGGGAAAUGGCUGAUUACAGGGCUGGGACUGAGAAAGCACAAAGUGAAUCUGGACUAUUUUGUGCCUUAAAGUACAAACAUGCUCAAAACCUGAUGGGGACACAGCAAAACGACAUAGGAGCUAAGAUGAGGAGGCUCCAUUGACCAAUUGUGGGACAAUUUGAACAUUAAAGAGAAUAAUGACAAGAAUUGCUCAACAAGGAGUUGAGCAAAUAAAUUUCACCAAAUGAGUUGAGAGUCGGGUUUCUCAGAGAAAGAAAAUAUAAAAAACAGAAAGGGGAAAGGAGAGAGUGAAAGAAUGACUCUGUGAGCUCAUGGUUUUUACUAUGUAUAGAUAGAUGGAACACACAAAUGUGAUAGAUAGGAUGAAUGGAGGUGUGAGCAUACAUAUUGUUCCUGGCUCUGCUUUGAGGACUUAGAAACAAUAGCAUCCCGCCCUGGCUAGUUUGGCUCA